UGUCGCAUAAGACCGGUUUCGCCAAAUUUCUAAUUAAAAAGUGUUUUAAUGCGACUUGCACACAUAGUGUAUGACAGAUUAUAUUUAAAAUAUAAAUAACUAUGAUUUUUGUUGGAGUUAAAAAAUUCAUUAAACGAUCAUAAUAAAUUAGAAUGUUUGAGAUUGAUUUUUCGGUGCGAAAAUAAGGAUGGUAUGGUCCAUGACAAUCGAGGAGAGUCGACGUAAAUCGAGUUAUCGCCAAUUAUAAAAUUACUACGGACGGUUUCUCUCUCGUUUGUUGUCACAGGCAAAGUAAAGAAUGUAAAUGACUGAAGAUCUAACUAUCAAGCAAUCAAGAUCAUCGUAAAAAAGUAUGAAGAUUACGUGUAAAAUAUGGAAGGAAAAUGAAUUACGUAUUGGGAGAAAUUACGUAUUUAAAUUGCUGGAACAACUUUUUCAAUGCUUGCUAAUUGACCCCGUAAUUCCGUAGUACACAAUGUAUACGGUGAUGUUGGACGAUGACAACGAUUUAAACGAGCGCGACUUUUAAGCUCGACUCGAAUGUACGCGGACAGCUUACAUCCUCGAGUAGAGUUCCGUUUGAAAGGAUUUGAGAAAUGAUAGAGUCUUGAAAGCGGAUGAGACGAGGUUAAGCCCAUAAGAGGGCGAGGAAACAGGGAGGAGCACCGAAAAUACAAAACUAGAAGUUUUUGCGCGAUGAGAAGAACAUCCGUUUAAAAAAAUUAUUUAAAGCAUAUUAUUUCUCGUCGCGUGCAAAUUUAUUUUGCAACAACCAUCAUGGAAGUCGAAGUGGUACCAUUCAUCGACAAUAACGUAAGCAGAAAAGAUGUACCACGACGAAGUAGCAGAGUGCAAAUUAUUCAAAAAAAAGGAACAUCGCUUUUCAUCAUCAUGAGCUUCAUCUAUGCAAAACUGCUCGUAGUCGUGUGCAUCACUUAUGUGAUAAGCGAAGUGGUGACGCAUAAACUACCGCUCUAUUAUUACGAGGGAUUCUUCACGUAUCUAUACGGCAUGAGUAUCCUGUUCCUGUUGUACGUCUUCUGCUUCCUCCUUCAAGAGAGCGCCUGUUGUGCAAGAGGAAGUGAUACACCGCCACCGCCACCGAGGCCACCUAAAACUGGCUGGACCUCUAAGGAAGCUAAGGACAAGAAUAAGAAGAAAGACAAGAAAGAUAAGGAUCAAAAACAGCCGAAGAGCAAAAAGGAAACACAGGAUGCAACUGAUGUCGAAGCUGGUGUAGCUACACGAGUCCUACGAAAACGAAAAACUACGCAAAAUGACCAUAGUCAUGGAAGUUUCUUCCUAAGAAUUGGCGCAAUAGCUUUCGGGUUGGGUACUAUGGUAUACAAUGGUUUGGAAUUCGGCGCCUUCUUUGAAGUGCCACCCACGUCACCUUGUUAUCAGAUAUUACAAGGCGUCAAUCCCGUAUUGCAAAUGAUCUUCACCUUUAUGCAAAUGUAUUUCAUCUUCAUGAAUUCCCGAUUGAACAUUCAUCGCUUCAAAGUCAUCGCUCGUUUCGGUCUCAUGCACGUGGUUGCGACGAAUCUCUGCGUAUGGAUACGCACGCUGGUUCUGGAGAGUCUCAAGGAGAUCACUCAGUAUCAUAAAAAACUAGGCCAGGUUCAAGCAGGGAUUCUUGAGAGCAUUAAGCAACACUCGAUGCGAAACGCUGGAGCAAUACUGGGUACCGAACCGCGUGACAUGGCGCAAUUACGAGAAGCUCCUCUCGUGGCCUCUACGAGGUCGACGACCAUCGCGCCUCCUCAUAUCACGACUGGCACGACCGUGGCCGCUCUGGGCCGCGUGAUGACAACAACGGCAAGAUCGAUCGCGGACGCGUUUACAACACCGACCGACAUAUCCACGAGCACUUGGAGCACGACAACUUCGUCAACGACGACACCGUCGACUACCACCUCGAUACUGCCUAAUCUGACCACUAGCGCGGCGACGACCCUGUCGACUAUCCUGACUACAUUUACACCAUCAACUACUAGCACUUCCACUACUACCACCACAACGACUACCGAGAGGAUCACCACUAUUCCAACUACAACGAGUACCACCAGCACCACCACACCGUCUACUACCACAUUAUGGUCUCAGAUUAUGGAGUUCAUGAAUGUGCCGCAAGGCGAUAUGGAUAAUCAAGUACCGCAGAUCUUCGAUGUGAGCAACUUGACAAACAAUAGCGAAUACUGGAGUCCGAAUUUAGGUAUCUACGCGGAGGCUUUGACAGAAGAUGGAACAGUGUCCAACUCGUGUGGCCGCGUCAAUAUUAUGGGAAGCAUCGUUCAGGAUGCAGCACCGUACUUGUUCCCAUUUAUAAUCGAAUACAGUUUGAUCGGAGCGGCGGUGAUUUAUGUCAUGUGGAAACAUAUCGGUCGACAUCCGCGUUGGCCUCAUCAAACCGAAGCGGAUCUUGAACGUCGCCUGGAGGCCAUGCUCUCUCGAAGAGCCGUCGCUCUUGCUCAUGCAGGUCAUACCAGAGUCGAUUGUGUGGGAGCGAGCAAAGGGCUCUUCUUCGGACUGCUUCUUCUGGUUGGUUCCUUGAUAUGCCUGAUUCUCUUCUUCGUAUUGAUUCAUCACCCGGAGCUGGGUUUGCUCGCGAUCUAUCUCGCCGACGUGUCUCAUUGCGUACUAAUGGCGUUAUCCAUCAUUGCCAUAAUCAUCGGUUUCAUCCGCGUGCAGAGUCUCAAGUUCAAAGCCGAGGAACAGAGCGAUCUUAACGAUAUCCUCUUGCGCGUCUCAGCCUUCGGUCUCUUCAUCUACGCCGUCUUCAGUGUGAUUGCCGGCUCCCUGGCGGCCUUUACGCACGAACCAAAUUUACUGGUGAUGGUGACUGGAUUGCUCUCGGUCGCCCAAGUAGUCCUCCAGAUGCUGUUUAUCGCCGAUGUAUCGCGCAGGCGUGUUCAUUUGCCGGAGCACGAUCGCAGCAAGCCUGGCAGGCAGGUUGUCACUUUCCUGCUGAUCUGCAAUGUAACUAUGUGGGUGAUCUAUACCUUUGAGGCUCAGAAAGUCAUCGCCAACCCGGUGCAGCUCGAUUUCUACGGAUUCCUGGCUUGGGCCAUCGUGCAAAGGGUCACCCUGCCACUGUGCAUCUUCCACAGAUUCCACAGCGCCGUGACGCUCGCCGAAAUCUGGAAGACCAGCUACAAGGCACGUCUGGAGUAGAUGAGCGGGGAAUCUCGUUACGGUCAAUCGUCCGGAGCGGUCGUCAGUAGGAACAAAAGAGCGAGCGCAAGCUGGUCAGGAUGCUCGACGACCUCAAUCACAUACAUCGAUUUCGGGUCUCAAAGAAAGGCAAAAGCUUGAAAAGGGAGAGAAGAAGAUUGGUUGAGGAAGACGGCGGUAAUACUGAAAAAUGAUGGAUCAGCCGAAAUAAUCAAACAUAUAGCGUGUUUAACAUGUCCGUUGCACGAAGAGACCUUCAGAUGAUAUCCAAGUCGUUAAUAAUUGUUGAAAAUUCCAUGAAUUCAAGUUGGAGAGAUUUAUCUCGUUGAAAAUAUCUUUAUCGACAAAGAUAGAAAGAGAGAGAGAGAGAGAGAGAGAGAGAGAGAGAGAGAGAGAGACAUCUGAAGAGACACUUCAGUGAUAUGUUCAAAGUCGAUCUGACAUCCUCAAAGAGGAGUUUUCGUGUAAAGUGGAGCCAGAUAUGAUCGUGUUGAACCGUAAACUGUUCCUUUAUCUUCUGUUUUGUGUACAAGUUGUAUUUCUUUCUUUUUAUGUUAUCUUAAUAUCAGUAGAGACGACGAGGAGAGGACCUGAACGAUCGUGUCAAUGAUCUUGUUGAUCAGACAGGCUUUUGCCGAUUUCGACGCAAAUGAAGCACAACAAAACAACAAAAAUAUUAGCGUUUCAUGAAAUACGAUUGCAUUUCCCUUUCACCGCGUUUCGCACCUUACACAAUCUCUAUACUGCCACCAAAUUUUCUACUUUUAUAUGUAUUAUAUGUAUUGUAUGUAUUCCAGUAUAUGUAUCUUCGCCGUAUCUAUCGCGUAUCAAUACUAUAGACAAUUCAGUUAAUGCUCGCGAGAAUUUAGAUUGUUCCGAUAAUUGCACGACAAUUUUCUUAUUUCAUUCAAAGAUAUAUCGGAUCGCUGUGAUAUAUGCGUUUGUGAAAACUUGAGUCGGCAUUGACGAUGAAUCUCUUUCUAUUCGUACGUUAACGCAAAAUGUUUAUAACUAAAUAUUUAAUAUUUUAUAAAUCUCGAUAUUUUUAUAAAUCUUGAUAUUUAGCGGACGAAAUUAGCUUUUAAGUUUACAAUAUUUAAUUAACUUCUCUUAUAUUUAUCUUACAAGACAUUAAUUGAUUCGGAAUUAUAAGAUCGUAUUAAAUCGAUUAGCUGACUAUCGAAAAGAACAAAUUCGUUUUUGUACUUUAUCGAAAUAAUUUCACACGAUCAUAAAAUUAGCGAACGGAUAACUUGAUCUAUUCAAUAUACCACGAAUCAUCCACGUGGCAUCCCUUCAUGGUCAAGUCUGAAGAAACUAGAGAGAUUUUACAUAGAAUAAGGUAAUUUCCUAGAGCUGUGUUUGCUUAACCAAAAGAAAUUAUUCGACGUUUUAAUCUCGCGACAGAUCCCUUUAUUCUCUCGAGUCACUUGACAAGAAACGCGAGUGCUUCCUCGCGUUUACGAGCGCGCAAUUAACGAGAGAUCCAUCCCUUCAAAAGGGAUACGCAUUUGAAAGAUCUUUAAUCAUUGUUUCUCGUUGUGUGCUACAGAGUACAAAAUUGUUUCUAAAACUUUUCGAAUCCUUUUAUCGAUAUACUUUAUCAACAAUCGCGCUCUUCGAAUGAACGCGCCAACGACAACGCUAUAUCUUUGUCGUGUCUUUACCGCGAGCACGAAGAGGCACAUUCAAAAUAUAAUAUUGAACGAAAAGUCAAUGAAAAAGGAAAGAUCGCGUAUUCGAAGCCAAGACGAAGCGAUUGUAUAUAGCAAAUAUUUCGUUUUCGACUCGAGGGAGAAUAUACUCGAGGAGUUUUCGAGGAAGAAAUUACGCGCUAUAAUGCAGAUUAUGUGACUAAGACGUACGUAAGAUAAUGAAAGGGGAGUCAAGAAUGUGACUUCGCAGCAAAAAGGCUUAUUCACAGCGGAAAGCGAUUCGUAUGUGUUUAUCCUUUCAACUAUAUUUUGGCACAUACGGCGAUACGAUGUUCGCGAACGUCAAGGCUUUCCGUUGCGAAUGGCUUAAUUCUUUGAGGGGCGAUGGUGCAGCUUAUGUAUGUACUUCACGCGAAUAUGUAUAAGUCACAGUGUAAUGUAUUUAGGUGCCACGACUCUUUUGUGCGUUUCUAUGUUGGUGCGAUGUGGUUUAAUUUGUGAACUACAGUGCCUAAGUUUCGCUCUAAUAGUAGCUUCUCUCUUUCGGAGGUCCUGCACAAAAUACGCUUUCUCGGCCCCUGAAAGAGUUAAGAAAGAGAAUUUGAGGGUAGAAAAUGAAGAACGGAGGAAUAAUUCGAUAUACGCGAAUGGAGGAGCUCGCACACUACUUCACGAAAUAUAAGAGGUAAUCAUUAUGAUCAUUAUUGAUUAGUAUUUAAGCCUAUCUCGAAGAGAUAUCGAUCCUUCGCAUUUACUUCGCUAUUGAUAUCGUAUGUAGAUUGUUGAAAAGAAAACGUUUGUCGUAUAGAGACUAUACUUUGUGAAUUCAUCUACGAACCUUGUGAAAAUACUCCCGUGUUCUAAAAAGAAAAACUCACGUUUUUCAAGUUUUAUUCUAUAAAAUUUAUUAAAAUACAAAUUUUAUCGAAUAAAAUUUUUCCACAAAAGGAAAAAAACAAUAAUACACAAGGUAUAUUCGAAAUCCCCUGACGGAAGUCCUAACUAUACACCAGUCGACGUAUUUAGCUUUCGAGUCUAAAUAUUUUAAUUAUUAGAGAUAAUAUAUAUAUAUAUAUAUAUAUAUAUAUAUAUAUAUAUAUAUAUAAAUAAUAAGUAACGCGCGUGCGUGCGUUAAAUGAAAGGAAUGUUGUUGCACUGGAAGCUUAUUAAAAAGCAGCCGUUAACGAUCGAUUAUACAUAAUUAUCAUAAUCCAAGGAUGACAUUAUUAAAAAAUAAAUACGAUAUAAAUAUAUAUAUAUAUAUAUAUAUAUAUAUAUAUAUAUAUACAUAUAUAUAUAAUAAAAACUUGUAUUAAUUUUAUGCGCAUAACUGUGUAAGAGGAGAGCGCGAUAUGUAAAUAAUAAUAAUAAUAGUCAUUCUUCGUCAGUAAAUAAUUAUUCAACAAAGUGUCUGUGAAACGAUUGACUUUAUUGCCCAAAUAGUGAUGCAGAUAUUUGCGCUCAGAUAGAUUUUUAAUUUCUCGCGCCAUUGUUAUUUUAUGCUACAAGAUAUAUAAGCUGAUUUUUCCUAUAAUAUAUAUUUAUGAUUUUAAUUAUAAUAUAUACUUAUAUAAUAUAUAUUUAUAUGUAUAUUAAUAUAAAGAGAGAUUACAUGCUCUUACGAAACUUCAACAAAUCAAAACAGCAAUUUCAUGCAUUUUAUAAUCAUUGCAGAUUUAAUCAGUGAAAAUAACAUAGAUGAAUCAGCUUAUACACGUGAGAAUAAUAAGUUAAUAUUGUUGUUUUAAAGAGGAAAAGUAAAAAAUAUCUCAUCACCAAACUGUAAGAGAAGAGAGUUUUUCUUGCAAAAAUCUUUUCACCGACACUCUGUGCCACUGCAAAUUUGGUCGCAAUCAUGUGAUAGAAAGGAUAAAGUCACAAGAUGACAACAUAGCGAAAGAGAUCAAUUGCGAGAAUUAAAUUAAUUAACCAGGCACUGCCACACCGGACCAACAAAGCCGAAACGAAUAAUUGAAGGGAUUCGGGGAGGAAAAGAGGAAAGAUAACGCAGAAAGAGAACCAAUAAUCCUUUAUCAAUUUCCCAUGAACAAAAAAGCUAUAAAGAAAAGAGAUAUAUGAAGCCGAGGUCCUUCCACGUUUAACGAAUGCAAAUGCGUAGCCCUCAAUGUACGUGUGCGUGAUAAGAGAAAAAACGCGAACGAGAGAGAGAGAGAGAGAGAGGUAAACAGAAGGGGAAAAAAUGAUACAAUGCGAACUGUUUUUCUUCGGCAAACAACGUCUUUGUAUACUCUAUACCCGUGUUAUAAGGAGAAAAAAAAAACCACAAUUCUUGUAUAUGUACAUCAAUAUCUCGAUAGUAGCCGUAAGCCUAACUAGUGAGUCGCGGAUUUGCGAUAAGGCCAGAGAAUCAAGAUUUUAAUUGCAAAUAAUUGCACUGUUUAUUUUUUUAUUUUUUUUAUUUUUACUCGUAAUCGACAGAAUUAUUUCUGCAAAUUUAGAGCGCAAAUGCCGUUUUUCAUUUAUUAUAUAAGUUUUUAUUUACGUAAAUAGUAUUUAUAUAUUUUAUGUGUGUGUGUGUGUGUGUGUGUGUGUGUGUGAAUAUAUAAUAGAUCGAUACUAUUUACUCAAAUAAAUAGUUUAAUCUCAUAAAAAUAUAGUGCGCCCAGAUGUUUAAGUAAUUUUCUUUCAUAGCAAUAACAGCACGUAACUUCAUUUUAUAUAGCUCCAAGUCACGAAUCUGCAAGAAAUGAACGGAAAAAAAGACAGCAAGAAUUUGCAUAUGUAUGCGCGCCGGAAGCAAAUCCGCGACACAUUAUUAUUUAACAUAAUGUAGUGAGUUUUCGAUGUCUUCGAAUAUAAUUACAGUUUGUACACGUAUACACACAGUUAUACGCAACAUACAUACAUACAUACAUAUAUACAUAUGCGCGCGCACAAAUGACAUCACUCACGGAUUUACCAGAGAUAGACACUAUAUCGAAGGAGGAAGCGAGGACAAUGGCAGGCAUAGAACGGAAGAAGUUAACGUUUCGUCAGCAGCAGGCGAUAAUGGCAGGCAAGACACAAAAAAAAAAAAAAUAAAAGUAUAAA